AGGAAAAAAACCCGAGAGCGGGCAUUCUUCUCUUUGUAUUGUUUUUGCCCCGUGUCGUGUUCGCUGUGUGUGUUGUGCAGUUGCCGCGCGCCGCUUUCGUCGUCUUGUGUUCGAAUUGUCGCCGUUUCAGCGAUGUGACCCUGCGAAGCGAGCGCUCGCCGAAGCCGACAACGCCAGCGACCCGGCGACAGUACCAAAGAAACUUUUCUUGCGCGUCUUCUUUUCCACGGGCAGUCCGUGAUGAUCGAGUCGAGCGCCUUGGGCACAAGCCCCUGGUGUACAGACUUCUUGAAAGAUGGCGGCACUUCUUUAUUGGAUUUUGAAAACUUCCUGGAUGCAGAAAUCGGCAUGUCUUUACCCUCUGAUCUCGUGCCCACCGAGAGCGUGUCCCUGCCUCUCGAGCGGCCAAUGGGUGAUCACAGUUCGGGGAUACUGCUGGAUGACGGCUUUGGAUGUUGGGAAGACUUUGAGGACUUGCUCAAGAAGGACUCCAGCACUACAUGUGACCUGGAUUUCGAAGAUUGGAGCCUGGAUCUCACCGAAUCGUCGGAGGUUCUCUCGGAUUGGAGCAGUAGCGGGGGUCCCACAACGUUCGAGGGUGCCGAGGGCCACUGCUCGCGGCCGCGUUCGCGGCGGGGACCUUCACCAACGUCUUUGAACGUUGAACGAUCGUCCUCAACUGCGAGCUGGUCUGCCAUGACCAGCGGGGAGCAACUGCGGACAGUGGAGGCUCUGACCGAAGCAAUCAGCCACCGCUUGGGGCUGCGGGAACAGCUGGAUGUGAUACGCAUCAUUGACCCGACAGUCACUGUUGACCCGUCUGCCGGACGAGAGAUUGCCGUCGACCUGAGGCGCCUCGAUGACCACAAGCUCCGGCAGAUAGCCGAGUACGUGCGGACUAGUGUGGAGGCCCAGGCGGCGGCAGUGGACAACAAGCCAGAGGUCACGGCCCAAGGCUCUCGAAAAAGAGGCCGUCGUCAACAAAGCAACCCUCAUUCAGCCUCCGGCCGCAGCACCCCUGCUUCGUUGAACGCACCUGUGCACAAAAGGGUGCGGUGUAAACGCCCACGCCCACGGCAGCAGCAGAGGCGGCGGCGUGUGGCCAAGACUCCGGAGGCCAAGGUACAGCAGCAGAUGCUCAAGGAGCAGCGCAGCGGACUGUUCAUGCACGAGCAAGUGCUCACGCUGACGAGCACGACUUCUUCUUCGUCCUCCUCAAGGGGCAACUCCUCCCACCCGAGCAUAGCGGGCACGGACGACGAAGACGAGGAAGUCGACAUCCUACACUGAGCAGUUUGCGGGGGCUCUAACAGGAAAAAAAAAUAGGGAUUUGGUGUGAGUGGGGUUGGAAGAGAAAUGGCAGUGUCGUUCUUUUUUUUUUUUAAUUUAUGUACCUUACGAGCUUGCAUCUCUUUAAAACCCUGCCGCUGCAGGCUGCCUGGUCACACGGGACUGGAGCGUAGGUCCACUUUCUCGCCUGCGGCGUACCGUGCUGGUUUUUAAUGGCGUGGUCUUUUUUUAGUUCGCCCUGCAGGUGGGAGUGCAGGGGCUGGACUGAGUGCUGUCAAUUGGUCAAAGUGCGGCUGCACGAUUUGUUCGUACUGUGCAAGCCGAGCCAGCCCAGUAAAAGCAGUCAUUGUUUUGUUGUGUACCACAUCUUUGCGUGUAUAACCCGCGUCUCUAGUUGCAGACCUUUGGAAAGAGCAAAAGUUCAGACUAUAACCGAUAGGCACAACUGCACACAAUGUUCAAGUAUUAGGUCUGUACUUUUCACUGUGGCUGUCCAAAAGUUUGGGGUGGUUUGUUGUCAUCGUGUCACUUAUAUGUUGAAAACAUUUACAUGCAAAUUUGUCUGCAACACAGUUGCACCUCGUUAUUCAUUUUUAUUGACCUUUAUAGAAAUUUUAAGAGCUAGGUCUAUGCGCAGACAGCACUGUACAUUCUCACCUGCUAGGCAAGCGAGGGUGGUUGUCUUGGUAAAUUGUAGCCUGCUGUCACUUGACUUGUGUGAGCUGGCUGUUAGAAUAGCUCAUGUGCAUCGGGGGUGAUCGCAUCUAUCUCCACGGUACUGCCUCUGCAAGGGUCCGGGUGAGUUUGCAUUUCUUUUUUGUUUGGCAUACCUCGCUCAAAAGUCAUCAAAUCGUUCGUUUGCGUUCCGUCUUGUCCUCAGUUUUGCACAUGUUGCUUCUGCUUGCUUUACUGGCUCGAGAAAUUGUUCCAAGUUCAAAGCAGCCCUUGCACACCUCUAUGAUCAGGUACCAUGCCAGUCAUUUUUUUGUUUCCCUCUGUUGCUUUGUUCCCUUGGAAGCCACGGGGAACUUGAGGUCUUUGUCAGCGUUUAGUCAAAUGUUUUUAGGUGAAAUUGGGGCACGUGCAUUUGCUGGGUCGUUUGCUUUUGCUGGCUCGCCCUCGUGUUUGCUUUUCUCUUGGGCUCAGUGGUUUCUCCUUUUUCUUUUUCCUUUCUACUCACUUCCUCCUCCAGACUCAUUUCCUUCAACAUUCUUACAGCAUUUUUCAUUUCAUUUUAAACAGAGCGCUGGUAUUUUGUUGAAAAUUUGGGGUGUCAUUUUAUGUUGUUUGUUCUGCUGUCAGCGUUGGGGAUUUUAUGCAGGCAGGCGUCCACUUUUGUAGGUUCAAGCUCUCUUGCAUGUGCCUAUUAUGCUAGGGCAAGCGUGUCUUCGUGCGGAAAGUGACUCAACGCUCUUGGCCUUGCGCGACUCUACCCUUCUUUGUUUGAAAACUGCGGCGGGUUGACUUCUGUGAUGUACUGCCAUUAAAAGUCACCUAGGGGGAAAUUUUUUCUUCUGGACUGUACAUACUAGGCGUCCCUUGCAACUCGUAUAUACGACUCUUCACUGCACUGCAGUUACGGUUAUUUUCCCUACCACGCGACCUUUCAUUGCUCCUAUGUCUUGUGUGUGUGUGUGUGUGUGUGUGUGUGUGUGUGUGUGUGUGUGUGUGUGUGUGUGUGUGUGUGUGUGUGUGUGUGUGUCGAAGCAUGGCUGUGAGCUUUCUUAGCUUUUGUCGUUUUCGGAGCAACAAUUUUCAAAGGCUCGCAACAGUGACGGGGUCUGUCACUUUAGCAGCACCACUAUUGUGACGGGUGCAGUCGUUCAGUACUGAAUAGUCUGUAAUAACGAAGCUGCAAUUCUGAAAUGUUAAUGGUCCUGCCUGUGUCACUAGGGCACAUGUAACGUAGGGUUAGGGCGCACUUUCGGUGCUAUUUCGCCUAGCAUAUUGAUGCAUAACGCAUCUUUUUGUCCCAAAACAAGUAUCUUGCACGCCUUUCCUUGCUUCAACACCGUUAACAUGGUGCGUUCGUGACAUGAACUGGGGGUACAUGACCAACUUGUGAUAGCAUUCCUUAAAGGGAAGUUUGCGAGUACAUAUCUAGGGAAACUCAAGCAAGCAAGAUGUCUAUUAUAUUGGCACUAAAAGCCUUCGCAAAGGGUCUGUUUAGAGUCCUGCUGCUGACACGCCUCCUACAAGGAAGAUGCGCUCCCUUAGCUGAUAAAGUUUGGGUAAAAAAAAGGUAGAAAUGUGAUAGGGCUUAUGAACGGGAAGAAAAAGAUUAUAAAGCCACGAUCCCAACAUGCAUUGUUUGGCGUGGCACUAUGCACAACUAAUAUGAAGCAUGUUUAUUGGGGUGUAUUUGUAGGUUCCCUAUUGACUGCUGUUACCCAGUCACUUUAGUGUGGCUGCUAAGUCGACAGAGCCCUUCCACUGUAGUUGCCUCCUUUUGAAAGCAGGUCCUGCCAAAACCCUCCCAUUUUGUGAUCAUGUGUGAGCGAGGAAGUUUUUGUACUGUAAAAAAAAUAGUGUUACAUAAUAAGCAUUCAUUCAUUCUUGUUUCAUGUAUCUGGAAAAUGGCUUACCUUGUGGAAUCUGCUUGUCUGAAACUAAUAUGGUGCAAGCGGUUAUUGCAGAGGCCUUGCACUCAUUUGUGCCGAUAUUUUAAUGAAAGUUCUGUGAAGGGAGUAGGCCAUCACAUUUUAUUCAGUGUGGCUCCGUUUCCUACAAAAAUUGCUGCAAGCAUCGCCGUUUGGUUACCAUGGUAGCGAUAGGUACAGUAGCAAGCAAAAGUUUGGAGACCAUGGCGCUUCCAAGAAAUAAAAAAAUCUAGCACAGUUCCACAGAAGGUCUUGUACCACUGGAUUUCAAU